AGCGCUGGUGCUUUCGGCUACAUGCCAGCCACUCGCGUAGGGGGAAUGAGACCGAGCGUUUAUAGAGGGGCGGUGUGCAGACUUUUCUCUAUGAAGUUAACGACGUGUUGUUGUGCACAUUCAAUCAAUCAAUCAAUCAAACGUGACCUGAUCCAUAACAUUUCGGUUCAGAGACAUGUCAAGUGAAACAGGGGACGGGGACUUCAUGGAGGACCCCCUGUUCAUCCUGGAGAGUGGGGAGGUAUACAGGAACCCCACAGAGGUCAAGAUGAGCCAGAUCGUAUUGCCCUGCCACGCUAACCACUGCGGAGAACUCAGCGUGGGUCAGCUACUCAAGUGGAUGGACUCCACAGCAUGUCUGUCUGCUGAAAGACAUGCAGGCUCUCCCUGUAUUACAGCCUCUGUUGAUGAUAUCCACUUUGAGCACACUAUAGGAGUUGGACAGGUUGUCAAUAUCAAGGCCAAAGUCAACAGGGCCUUCACGUCUAGUAUGGAGGUGGGCAUCUCAGUCAGCUGUGAGGAUCUGUUCAGUGACAGCCAGUGGAAUGUGUGCAAUGCCUUUGCCACCUUUGUGGCACGACGCACUGAAGCUGGGAAGGUGCAGCUGAAGCAAGUAGAUCCACGUACACAGACGGAGCAGAUGGAGUACAGUAUCGCUGCAGAGAGACGGAGGAUGAGACUGAUCCAUGCUGAGAUCAUCACAGACCUACUGAGCAGCAGUACUGCUCAACUGGGAGAGUGCCAGGAGUACCAGAAUGCGGUGUCGGGUGAGAGAACGCGGGUGGAGAGUGUGGAGUUGGUGCUCCCCCCCCAUGCCAACCACCAGGUCAGCACCUUUGGGGGCCAGAUCAUGGCCUGGAUGGAGAAUGUGGCCACCAUCUCAGCAUGCCGUCUCUGUAAUGCACACCCCACCUUAAGGAGCAUUGACAUGUUCCACUUUCGGGGCCCAUCUCACAUUGGUGACCGCCUGGUGCUGAAGGCCAUUGUUAACAAUGCCUUUAAACACAGUAUGGAGGUGGGUGUGUGUGCUGAGGCCUACCAAGGCGCUGGAGAGUUGCGGCACAUCAACAGUGCCUUCAUGAUCUUUGAGGUCCUGAACAAGGAUGGGAAGCCACGCACGUUGCCCCGGAUACGACCCGAACCUGUGGAUGGGUAUCGACGCUACCAGGAGGCUAUCGCUAGGAAGAAAAUCCGUCUGGACAGGAAGUACAUCAUAUCUUGCAAGCAUGCUGAGGUGCCUUUGUCCGUACCCUGGGACAUCAGUAACCAGAUGUACCUUAGUUACAGCAAUGUGUCCGCACUGAAAAUAAUGGCUGCUCGAGGAAACUGGAUGUUAAGCACUGAAAAAAACAAGGUCAGUCUGUACACAUUGGAGGAGGACCAGAUGUUGUGUUUUAAGGUGGAGACUACUGUCAAUGUUCCUGCUGAACAGGUCUUCCAACUGCUCUCAGACUUGCGCAGGAGACAUGAGUGGGAUAGGCAUUACCAACAGUGUGACGUUAUCAUCCAGGCGGAUGAGGAUGACACCAUCUACCGUGUCGCCACUCCGUGUUUUAGUCGAGGGGGAAAGGGUCAGGACUUCAUCUUGCUAGCCUCUAGGAGGAAGCCCUGUGACCCCAGAGAUCCCUAUCUGAUUGCCCUGCGCUCCGUCACUCUGCCUACCCAUCCAGCCACUGAGGAGUACACCAGGGGGGAGGUGCUCUGUGCUGGCUUCAGUAUCAUAGAGGAAUCCAGUGAUGUCACCAUGAUCUCAUACUACAACCAGGCCACGCCUGGAGUCCUCCCCUACAUCUCCAAUGACAUUGCUGGCCUUUCCUCCAGCUUCUAUGGCACUUUCCAGUCCUGCAGCAAGUACCUGGAGGAGAACAGAGAUAGCCUUGCUGCCCUGCCCCCCUCUGAACUGUGACAGAAUGGUAUCAGUCUAGUCCUCCAGCCCUCUGACCUGCAGCAGAAUGGGAUCAUCUUGGCCGUCAACCCCACUGACCUGCAACUGAAUGGGAUCAUCUUGGCCGUCAACCCCACUGACCUGAAUGGGAUCAUGCUGACUGGCCCUGCACCCCUCUGCCGUGUGACCGAAUCGUAUCAUCCUGAUUGGCUCUGCACCUCUACCUUCGUGUGCUUUGAGGACCAGAAACCCCAUCAAUCAACAUUGCAUCAAAAUGGUUCCUAAAUACUGCUUUAUCGAAUGAUCCUGAGCUUCUUAAAACUCACUGGUAGAUCACGGCAGUCAAGCAAACGAUAAAUGUCACACUUUGUGUGGAGGUGAUCCUAUACAUGAUUUACUCACACAUUUGUGCUCACUCAUGAUUGAUAAAUGGGGCCCCAGGAUAGCUUGUUUACUUUAAACCCCCUAUUGCACUAAGGAACAGCCUCCCCUGUCCACCCCCUCCUUUUGGUGAGCUCCUGUAGAAAUGGUUAGGGAUUUAUACCUCAGCUGAAACUGAGUGGUAAAAUGGUACCUCGGUAUUUCCUCAAUGUGGGAUUUUUAAUUGUGGGAUUAGUCCCAAGAUUUGUUUUACCUGUUACUAUCACUCCUUAACACAGGACCUUCCAGACCAGGCUACAUUUUCCACUAAACAGGUUGAUCACAGCCAGUUUCAGUACACUUUUUAAAAUGCAUACUGAUCCCACUUAGCCUGGUCCAAGAUUGGAUUGGUACUAACAAUGUUGAGUUGGCUAUACAGGACAAAAAUAUGAGAUUAGGCUUUUAAAAAAAUGGUGCAAUACUGAGCUGCAUUAUUUGUUAUAGCCCAAAGAACAUGAGAACUUGUGGAAUGGUUUUGUAAUGCUGCGUUCUGUGUCUAACAUGUCUGUACAUGUACUGUGGAUUGAAGGACGCUAGUCCUACUGGUAUGUAGUCUUUUUUGUACCUCCUUUAAAUCAAUCUGUUUAUCCACCAUUUGCCUUUUAAAAAAUGAACCAAACAGUGAUAUGCUGUAAUUAUGAUUGAACAGCUUUGAUUGAAGACACCAGUAUUAUGCAUAAUAUCAGACAGAUUCACAUACACAAUAUGCUUUUCUAAAUAAUAAAUGGACAAAAGCCCAAGAAUGUCAAGAUGAGUGGACGCUGUGAGGUGAAUGUCAAAAACAAUAAACACUACAGACCAGUGAC